AUGUCAAAUCCACAAGAAGAAGUGUACAAACAAUACCUCAAUUAUGAUUGGGAUUCAAAUAAUGAAUUUCAAAAAGGAUUAUCAAAAAUUUUGGAGUCAUAUAAAGAGAGCUUAAAAGAACAAAACCAACAACCUACUAUCCUGUCACUCGAUCAAACUCAAUUAAUCAAUCAAGCUAAAUCCUUUUUUUUCUGUCAACAAACAGGUCAUAUUCUAAAUCUUGAAGACUUUGAAGACUGGAAGAUUCACAAUGGUGAUAAAUUUAAAAAGGAUAAUAAAAUUGAGGAGAUCGAAGAAUUUGAAGAUUCAACUACAACAAAUGAUGAUCCUCCAUAUUCUUCAAAUUAUCAAAAUUUAGCUGAAUUAAUUAUGUCUGGUAAACCUGUUCCAGGGAUCAAAGACAUACCUGAUACAGUUUUAACUGAUCAAGGAUCGGAAUCUCAAAAGCAACAAAGAGUAAAACCAUGGGAAAAGGUGAAAGAGAAAGAAGGUAAUUAA